CGGUAGUUUCCUUCCUCGCCCAAGGUGGUGCCGUGGACAGAUGCGCGUCCGGCGUUUUGAGACCGGCGGCGGCGGCGUCCAAGGCUCGGCCGCGGGGCUGGUGCGGAUCGGGCCGCCUCUGGGUCCGUCUGGAGAGAGAGGGGAGAGCCCUCUGCCGAGAUUCCCGGGGGGAAAGCCUUGUCUUAUCUGCUCUAUUUGUCUAAUCGACAAUUAGAAUGUAGCUGGGGUGUCCGGAGAAUUUAGCAAGUGCAGCUGAUGAAAAGAUGAUUUAAAUCAGGUUCCCAGUUGCCUCCGAAGGGGCUGCAGGUCCUUGCAGAUUUGUAAAAGAUGCUUGGCGUCGGGGUCCUGACAGAUCCGAAGGGAGACCUUUACAAGGACCUCGCGUUCCCGGCUAGUGACGAUUCCCUCUUUUUCAACUGUUCUACUCCGUUGGCUCAGUUCAAAGGAGAAAUCUACUGGCUGAGACCUCAGGAGAUCUGUUCUUCACCUCGGUUAUUUUCCGACAAUCAACAUGAAUGGCAGGUCAAGCAAGGCAUGCUGGGAGAUUGCUGGUUUCUCUGUGCUUGUGCCGCUUUGCAGAAAAACAAAUACCUGCUCACCAAGGUGAUCCCUCCAGGCCAGCCCAGUUGGAAGGAUGAGAAAUACCGAGGCUGCUUCACUUGUCGUAUCUGGCAGUUCGGCCACUGGGUGGAGGUGACCAUCGAUGAUCGGCUGCCCUGCCUGGGGGGCAAGCUCUGUUUCUCCCAGUGCCAGACGGAGGACGUCUUUUGGCUCCCCCUGCUGGAGAAAGCUUAUGCCAAGGUUCAUGGAUCGUACGAGCAGCUCUGGGCAGGCCAGGUGGCCGAUGCCCUCGUUGACUUGACCGGAGGCCUUGCGGAACGCUGGUCAUUGAAAGACCUGAGUCAAAAUCCUGAACGAGAGCGGGCUGGCAAAGUCUUGGAGAAAACGGUGUUCAGACGGUUGAUGAACCUGAAGGAGAAAUGUGUCAUGAGCUGUUCUGUCUUCAGUUCACGGCAAGGGACCAGCCAACUGGGAGAGUUCCACGCCUUCAUUGUGGUUGACAUGCAGGAUCUUUCCAAGGUGUCCAGGAAAGAGACAAUCCUGCUGCGGAUCCGGAAUCCCUGGGGGAGGCGCUGUUGGAAAGGCCCCUGGAGGGAAGGAGGGCCCGGAUGGAAGCAGUUGGAUCCGGUGGUGGGCGCUGAACUUUUAUCCCAGCUGCAGGAAGGAGAUUUUUGGGCUGAAGAAGAGGAAUUUUUCACGGAAUUUGAUGAGGUCAUCACCGGGUACCCUGUCACGGAAGAAGGACAGCUUCAAAGCCUUUACACUGACAGGGUGCUGAGCCACACGCAGAAGCUGUACGGGUCCUGGGUGCGGGGGCAGUCCGCGGGGGGUUGUCGUAACAACAGCACCUUCCCCACCAACCCCAAAUUCUGGCUGAGAGUCUCCGAGCAGAGUGAGCUUUGCGUCGCCCUCCUGCAGAAGCCCCGGAAGCAGAGCACCGAUUGGGCUGGCAGGAUUCGCGCCUGGCCUCGCCUCCCGGAAGCCGACCCCUCCUUAGUGGAUAACGUCCGAGGGAAGAACUACCACGCCGUGGGCUUGCACAUAUGGAAGAUUGAGAAGAAACAGUUCAACCUUCCCAAGACGCUCUCUGCGCCCCCCGUAGCGAGCACCGCUUGUCAUUCCUUCAACCGAGAGGUGCAUCUCCAUUGCGAGCUUUCUCCUGGGUACUACCUGGUCGUUCCCAGCACUUUCCUGAAUAAUACGGAAGGGAAUUUCCUGCUCCGGGUUUUCUCCAGUGGAAGAAUUUCUCUCAGUGAAAUCAAACUGCCUUUGCUGGAUAACACCAUUCAUGAAGCCUUCCCGAGAGGCGAGUGGGAGACGGCUCAGCUGGAGGGAUCGUGGAAGAAAGGCCACAACGCCGGAGGCAGCCGCAACUUCCCCUCGUUCCACACCAAUCCCUGCUUCCCUUUGUCGGUUCCCGCCGGGUUUGGACAGAGAAGCAUCAAGGUGGCCCUCCGUCAACACUGCCCAGAUAACAAGUGCCGUCCCAUUGGCUUCCAUAUCUUCCAGGUUCCCAGUGACAACAACCAUGUGAAAAUGUCUUCCACGGCUUUCCUGCAAUUGGAGCCGGUGGUCAGUUGUGUGCCUCAUUGCUACUCUCAGGAAAUCAGUCAGACAUGUCGGCUGCCUUCAGGAAAUUACGCCGUUGUCCCGUCAACAUACUUGCCUGACACGGAGGGCAGCUUCACGGUGAUUGUAGCAAGGAAGAUAGACAGGAAGAGCAUUUGGAGCAAGGAGACCUUGGGGCAAAGGCUGCAGGAGGUCUCUUUCAAGGCUGUGAUGAAAAUGUAAAUUUGGAGCGACCCUUUCGCUGCAGGAAGAAAUAACGGAGACCUUUAAGAAGGAAGUCAAACUUGCUUUAGUUUAAAUUGAAAUCAUUCCAAAAUCUAUGUUGGGUCUCCAAGCUUCGUGGGUUAAAGGAACAUCUGUGACUUUUAACCAACUUUUCUGUAGAAACAAACUUGAGUGACAUCCCAGCUCAAGUUUCCCUCCCGUUUUGGUUUAAAAACAAAACAAAAACAAAACUUAUCUGAACUUCAACUGACGUUGAAAUCUUCAAGAUUUCUUCCUGGUUCUGGCUGCGUCUCUAUUCCUUUCUUUUUCUCAUUCCGGCCACCUUUAAACAUCAAUUUAAAAUUUAUGUACAUUGUGAUGGUGUUCAGAUUGGUUUUUUUGGUCCCGUGGCGAUAAUAUUCCCUCGGUGUGUGGUGUGUGCGUGCUUUGUAUUCCCCGUAGCGAUCGGCACUUCUGCAGAAAGAUAGGCUUGCCAACGAAGAGGGAAGGAGCGAUGGUGGAAAAAGAAGAAGAGGAGGCUGUGACAUUUCAGGAAGUUUUGAAGCAGCAAAAAGUUGGAACGCGCAACAAUUCGACCUUUGGCCGUCCAAAAGAUUUUGAAUUUGAACUGUUCCAAUUUUUACUCCCUGGAAAACGAGAAACGAGACAUUUUGAUUAUUGAUGAAGUGUUUUGGGCUCAAAACAGAGAGGUUUUGAAUGUGAACCAAAGUUGCUUGGAGCUGGAAAUAUUAUAAAUAAUCAAGAUGAUCUUUCGGAAGGCGAGUCGGCCAUUUUGUGUUCAAAGAGAGACAUUUUACAGUUGAGAGGGGUCAGAAUCAGAGGUGGUAUUCACCCGAACUAGUAGCGGAAAUCGCGGGUGGCCCCACCUGCCCAACCGCCCGGCUCUGUGGCAUCCCAAUUAGGCCUUAUUUUAGCCAAAGGCGCAUGCGCGGAAAGCUGAACACAUGCGCGGAGGUGGCGCGUGCGCUCACAUUCACGAACCGGUAGGGAAGGUUAAAUGAAUACCACCCCUGGUCAGAAUUAAUGGCUUUUGCAUACCAACUGUGCUGGGUCCUUCUAUUCUUUAGGGCUCGAGAAGCAAUAAAAUUAGGGCAUAAAUUUGGUUUUCGGUGUUUCCGUGGCUUACGACCAUCUGUGUCUGCAUGAUGUGGUCAAAACAGGGUAAGUGAAUUCGUGAAUUCUGUAGUGUAUAUAAAUGACAGCAUUUAUCAAAAACGUCCGUUAUUUGCGCAAGACUUCUUCAUGGUUUGUGUUAGAUUCUUUAUCACAUUGUAGGUCUGCUCUAAACCAGGUUCCGGGCCUGUGUUAAACCAGGUCUAGGCUACUUUUAAGAAGUAUGGACUUCAAUUCCCAGAAUUCUCCUCGCUCUCCAUAUACUUCUGAACUAGCGCGUUGUUUCUCCACUGUGGAUUCGUUUGUCGGUUUAUAUUGCAGUUUUCCUCUUGGGCAUCGUACUGUAGUUUUAAACCGAUGGUGAGGAAUCAUGGGCCCCUUUUAUGACUUGUGGACUUCAACUCCCAGAAUUCCUGAGCCAGCUGGCUCAGGAAUUCUGGGAGUUGAAGUCCACAAGUCAUAAAAGGGGCCAUGGUUUCCCACCACUGUUAUAAACAAACAUCCCUCAACAUUGAUGUUGAACUCUUUACGGGGGUGUUGCACACAGAGCACCUUAAAUUCCCUGCAAGAGCACAACCAAAGCGUGCAUGGCACAGCAUGGCAAAUUGGCAGUGAAGAGAUUUAUAUCACUAAAUCUCUCCCGGUUUCCCCUCUCAACUCUUUCUUUCUUUCUUUCUUUAUUUAUUUAUUUAUUUAUUUAUUUAUUUAUUUAUUUAUUUAUUUAUUUAUUUAUUUAUUUAUUAAUUAUGAAAUUUAUUUGCCGCCUAUUUCAUGUGGAACGAUAAAAUAUCCACAUAUUUCCCCAAGAAAAAGAUGGCACAAAAAAUGAGUUGAAGAAAAGAGUUUUUAAUGGCCUUUUUUUAAAGGACAGUGUUUUUUGACCUUGGCAAAUUGAAGAUGGGUGGACUUCAACUCCCAGAAUUCCCUAGCUAGCAAUGCAGGAUUCUGGGAGUUGGAGUUCACCCGUUUUCAAGUUGCCACAGUUGAGAAACAGUGCUGUAGCGUGUGUUUCCUUGGCAUUAUUUCAACCUCGAUCCCAUUUCAUCUCUAUUUUCUUCACUUUUCCUUUGGUCGGUCCAACUUUUUCCUUAUUUUUAUUAUUUAAAUGUCAUCUCUCCCAUUUCCUUCGUCUUUCCUUUCAUUGGUCCAACUUUUUCCUUUUUUAUUAUUUAAAUGUCAUCUCUCCCAUUUCCUUCACCUGUUUCAUCAGUCAAUUUUUCCCCUUAUUUUUGUUAUUUAAAUUUCAUCUCUCUAUUUCCUUUGCUUUCUUCAACUUUUCCUUAUUUUUCUUCUUUAAAUAGAGCCACAUUUGCUGAUCCAAGAACAUCUGGGGAAAAAAUGCUGUCCAUUUCCCAUCCCUGCCAAAAUACACGGUCCCAUUUUCCCCUUUAUUAUCUAGGUAAUGGAAACCGUGGCAGAGUUAAAAUACAACCAUUCAGGGAAGCGAUUUGUGGGGGGGAAAAUUAUACUCAAUGGAGUGGCAAAGAUUUUUUUAAUGGGGUUUCUGUCAAAAGACGACGAUCGGGAGGGUUGGAAAUAUCUUAUAAAAGCGAUAGGAAGAAAUGUGAUUUCAUGCAAAAUAUAAAUCCGGAUGAUUAUUUUGCUGUUCUUACUUUCCUUCCAGUAGCUCAUACAAUAUUCAUUUCAUUUCCCUAAGUAUCCUUGGAGAGCAUUUUUUUUU